AUGGAUCACAAGCGCCAGGACGAAGUAGACUUUCGGGGAGAAAGUCUCGCCGCUCAAGAUGCAGCUUCCGACACGUCAGUAAGCACGCACUCGAAUUCCAGCUCGACAGCACACGAUUCCCCCAUCCAAAAUCACCCAUCGGGCCUGUCUGAAAAGCCAACACCAGAGAGGAGACCCUCUCUGACGCGACAGCUCACCGACGAUGAGAUCGCGCGAGCCCUAUCGCAGCGACGGACCGGAUCUGUCCAAGGCGAGACAGAUGAGGAUACGGCUCAAAUUGUGAGACUGGUGUCUCGCAUGUUCGGACAAGAUCGAAAAGCAAACUCGGACGAAGAGAAGACGAGACAUCAUGGUGUUGUAUGGAAGAACCUGACGGUGAAAGGUGUCGGACUAGGUGCGGCCAUGCAGCCCACCAACUCGGACAUUCUUUUCGCUAUCUCCAGGUUUAUCAAACAACUUAGUACCCACGGCAACAGGCACCCGUUGAGAACAAUUCUGGAUGAUUUCACUGGUUGUGUGAGACCGGGCGAGAUGAUUCUAGUCCUUGGUCGGCCGGGUUCUGGAUGCUCGACCUUCUUAAAAGUCAUUGGAAACCAGCGAUCUGGGUUCAAAAGCAUCGAAGGCGAUGUCCUAUAUGGUGGCACAGAUUCCAAAACGAUGGCCGAUAAAUAUCGCUCGGAAGUGUUGUACAACCCUGAGGAUGACCUCCAUUACCCUACGUUGACCGUGAGAGAUACUCUCAUGUUUGCUCUCAAAACAAGAACCCCGGACAAAGCGUCGCGACUACCCGGAGAAACCCCUAAAGAAUAUCAGGAAACGUUCUUGUCGACUAUUGCGAAGCUAUUCUGGAUCGAGCACACGCUGGGAACAAAAGUUGGCAACGAAAUGAUUCGUGGGGUUUCUGGCGGCGAAAAGAAGCGUGUAUCGAUAGGGGAAGCUCUGAUAACCAAAGCAAGUACACAAUGCUGGGAUAACUCUACCAAGGGCCUGGAUGCCAGCACCGCACUCGAGUACGUCCAGAGUCUACGGAGUUUGACCGACAUGGCAAAUUCGUCCACCCUCGUGGCUUUAUACCAAGCCUCGGAGAAUCUGUACAAUCUUUUCGAUAAGGUCAUUCUGAUCGAAGAAGGAAAAUGUGCAUACUUUGGGCCUACCAAAAAUGCUAAGGCCUACUUCGAGCGUUUAGGAUUUGAAUGCCCGCCGCGUUGGACGACGCCAGAUUUCCUGACAUCAGUUAGCGACCCCCAUGCGCGGCGUGUGAAGAAGGGUUGGGAAGAUCGUAUCCCAAGAUCUGCGGGAGAUUUUCAAAAGAUAUAUCGCAAAAGUGACAUACACAAAGAAGCCAUCGCCGACAUAGAGGACUUCGAGCAGGAGGUCGAGUCUCAACAAGAAGACCGCGAGGCUGCCAGAUCCGACUUGCCGAAAAAGAACUUUACUGUCCCAUUCUACAAGCAAGUCAUGAUCUUGACGCACAGGCAGUUUCUGGUUAUGUAUGGCGACAAGCAAUCGCUCGUGGGAAAGUGGAGUAUUCUUACCUUCCAGGCGCUCAUCAUCGGAAGUCUCUUCUAUAACCUUCCGCAAACCAGUGGCGGAGUGUUCACCCGCGGGGGUGUGAUGUUUUUUGUUCUUCUUUUCAACUCACUACUUGCCCUGGCUGAACUCACUGCGGUAUUCGAAACCCGACCUGUCAUGCUCAAGCAUAAGAGUUUCUCAUUUUACCGACCGUCUGCCUAUGCCUUGGCUCAAGUGGUCGUUGAUGUACCCUUGAUCUUUGUCCAAGUGACAAUAUUUGACUUGAUUGUCUACUUCAUGUCGAACCUCUCAAGAACAGCAUCUCAGUUUUUCAUUAAUUUCUUGUUCAUUUUCAUGCUCACGAUGACCAUGUAUUCGUUCUUUCGGGCCAUUGGUUCCGUAUCAGCAUCGCUUGAUGUCGCUACACGAGUCACCGGAGUGGCGAUACAAGCACUGGUAGUAUAUACAGGUUAUCUGAUUCCGCCGUGGAAAAUGCACCCGUGGCUGAAGUGGCUCAUUUGGAUCAAUCCGGUUCAAUACGCCUUCGAAGGAAUUAUGGCAAACGAGUUCUAUAACCUGGACAUCCAAUGUCAAGCGCCAAAUAUUGUACCAGAUGGACCGAAUGCAUCACCCGGACACCAAACCUGUGCGCUACAAGGAAGCGACACCGACCGGCUGACAGUCCAGGGUGCAAACUACAUCCAAACUGGGUUUACCUAUAGCCGCUCUCACCUGUGGCGUAACUUUGGUAUCAUCAUCGCAUGGUUCAUUUUCUUUGUCGCUUUGACCAUGCUUGGGACCGAGCUUCAGAAGCCCAAUAAGGGAGGAAGCGCUGUUACUAUAUUUAAACGGGGAGAGGCGCCUGCGGCGGUUGAGGAAGCUGUCGAGCAGGGGGAACUUCCCGAGGAUGUUGAGACAGGAAAGAAAGAGAUUGACUCUAAUGGUGUUCUGGACAGUGAGGGUUCGGAUGACACCGAGGAUAGAGUCGAGGGCAUCGCUAAAAGCACAUCCAUCUUCACUUGGCAAAAUGUCAAUUACACCAUACCGUAUCAAGGAGGACAGAAGCAGCUCUUGCAGAAUGUUCAAGGAUAUGUCAAGCCAGGUCGUCUCACCGCUCUAAUGGGUGCUUCUGGAGCAGGAAAAACCACUCUUUUGAACACGCUGGCGCAACGAAUCAACUUUGGUAUAGUAAAUGGGUCGUUCCUUGUUGACGGAAAGCCGCUCCCCAAGAGCUUCCAAAGGGCCACAGGCUUUGCCGAGCAGAUGGAUAUCCAUGAGCCUACAGCAACAGUGCGAGAGUCACUUCGGUUUUCUGCACUCCUAAGACAACCCAAAGAAGUACCGCUUCAAGAAAAAUACGACUACUGCGAGCGAAUCAUAGAUCUCCUAGAAAUGCGGCCGAUUGCCGGUGCAACUGUGGGUGCUGGAGGCGUUGGUCUCAACCAAGAACAACGCAAACGACUCACGAUUGCGGUGGAAUUGGCAAGUAAGCCAGAGCUACUACUCUUCCUGGACGAGCCUACUUCUGGGCUUGAUUCCCUAGCUGCGUUUAAUAUCGUCCGUUUCCUUCGACGGCUUGCCGAUGCUGGACAAGCAAUUCUAUGCACCAUUCAUCAGCCAUCAGCAGUACUGUUCGAGCAUUUUGACGACCUGAUAUUGCUGCAGAGUGGAGGUAGAUAUAUGCUUGAAGUCAUUGGUGCCGGAAAUCCUGACUACAAAGGACAGGACUGGGCUGAGGUUUGGGCAAAUUCUCCUCAGGCCAAAGAACGAUCCGACGAGAUCGACCAAAUCAUCGAAACUCGACGCGACAAGCAAGACACAGGACGAAAGGAUGAUAAUCGGGAAUAUGCAAUGCCUAUCUGGGUCCAGAUGCUCGCUGUUACGAAGCGCUCUUUUGUCGCAUACUGGCGAGCUCCUGAGUAUAAUGCCGGCAAAUUCCUUCUGCAUAUCUUCACGGGACUCUUCAACACGUUCACGUUCUGGCAUCUAGGAAACAGUUACAUUGACAUGCAAUCGCGCUUAUUCUCCAUCUUCAUGACGCUAACAAUCUCACCUCCUCUCAUUCAGCAAUUGCAGCCCAAAUUUCUACAUUUCAGGAGCUUGUACGAGUCGCGCGAGUCCAAUUCCAAAAUCUACUCCUGGGCAGCCUUCGUCACGAGCGCCAUCCUCCCAGAGCUGCCAUAUUCCAUCAUCGCCGGAUCCAUCUACUUCAACUGCUGGUACUGGGGCGUCUGGUUCCCCCGGGACUCCUUCUCAUCCGGCUACGUCUGGAUGAUGCUGAUGCUCUUCGAGAUGUUUUAUGUCGGCUUCGGCCAAUUCAUCGCCGCCUUCUCGCCCAACGAGCUCUUCGCUUCCCUCCUCGUCCCGUGUUUCUUCACCUUCGUCGUUUCCUUCUGCGGUGUUGUCGUCCCCUACGCGUCUAUGAUCCAUUUCUGGCGAUCCUGGAUGUACCAUCUCAGCCCCUUCACCUACCUCCUGCAAGGUUUCCUCGGCGUCGUGACGCACAAGGUUCCCGUGCGGUGCAUACCCCGGGAAGAGUCGACUUUCAUGCCGCCGCCGGGUUCCAAUUGCCAGGACUAUGCGGGCUCGUUUGCCCAGCGGGCUGGUGGUUAUGUUCGAAAUAUCGGCAACGGAAUGUGUGCGUAUUGUCAGGUUUCGGAUGGGGAUAAUUUUGGUAUAUUCUGGGCCUUCGUGAUGUUCAACUUCGCCGCUGUGUUCUUCUUCUCGUGGCUUUAUCUUCAUGGCCUCGCAGAUAUGAAGAGAUGGUUUAGUAAGAGGAAGGCGAGGAAGGCGACCGCUUAG